AUGGGUUCCGUGGCCACCCGGAGGCCCGCCCGCAUCGGCAACGCCAUGGGCGCCGUUACCGACCUGCCUGAGAACAUCUCGGUUCUGGCCCGUCGCGACGACGUCGACUUCAUCGUGGGCGACUGGAUGUCCGAGUACAAUAUGGCCUCGCAGGGUUCGUUGAAGGCCAGCAGCCUCAUGACGCCCAAUAUCGACGCCAAAUCCCAAGCCGCCGCCGCCUUCGAGGUCAACUUCCUUGAAUCGGUCGAGCCGGCCCUGGAAGACAUCACUCGCAACAGGAUCAAACUCGCCGUCAACGCGGGAGCCAGCGAUACCGAGAAGAUGUAUGACAGCCUGGUCCAAAUCAUCGCGCGGAAGAAGCUCGACCUCAAAGUCGGCUGGGUUGAGGGUGACGAGGUCUACGACGCCCUAAUCAAAUGCCGCGACCAAGGCUACAAGUUCCGCAACAUCACCACUGGCCAGUUCCUGGACUCCUGGGAAUUCGACCCCAUCUACGCCCAAUGCUACCUAGGAUGCUGGGGCAUUGUCGAGGCCUUUUGCAACGGCGCUGACAUUGUCGUCUGCGGCCGGGUCGCCGACGCGGCCCCGACUAUGGCAGCGGCGGCCUUCUGGCACGGCUGGACCCGACAGUCUUACUCAGAGCUCGCUCAUGCCCUGGUUGCCGGCCACAUGAUUGAAUGCUCCUUUUACGUCACGGGCGGCAACUUUACGGGCUUCAAAUCGAUGCGGCGGUCGUCGACCACCCCCCUUCUCAGUCUACCCAUCGCCUCCAUUCAGCACGACGGUUCGUUUCACAUUGGAAUGGAGGACCGACCAGACAGGGGAGGCGAGGUCUCACUUGACACGUGCCGGGCCCAGCUGCUCUAUGAAUUACAAGGAAAACGCUACUACAACUCGGACGUCGUCGCCCUCGUCGACCAGAUCAAGAUGGAGCAGGUGGCGCCCGACCUCGUCUAUGUCCACAACAUCGGCCACGAGAAACCGCCCCCUACGACGAAAGUCGGGUUGACUGCCAAAGGGGGAUAUCAGGCUGAGGUGCACUACUACCUGACGGGACUGGACAUCGCCGAAAAGGCCCAGAUGCUCGAGGAGCAGUUAAGGUACGCCUUAGAUACCAAAAAGCUCCACACCCUGGUCUUCACCACCACGGGCAGCUGCGCCGCCAACCCGACCAGCCAGGAUGCCGCCACGGUGGACUUCCGCAUCUUUGCCCAGGCGCGCAGCGAGGAGGCCCUGUCCCCCCGCAACUUCCUGAAACCUUGUCUCAACAUGGUAAUGCAGGCUUACCCGGGCGCCACGUUCGGCAUGGAACAGAGGGCCGGGUUCGCCAAGCUCUACUUUGAGUACUUUGUCACUGUCGUUCCGCAGAGCGUCGUCCGGCACAUCGCGCACGUCCCUGCUGCUGAUAAGGAUGAGAGUGACAUGGAUUCUGACAAGGUGGCCGCGACAAAAUCUAUUGUCAUCAACGCCCCGACCGACACAGUCGACUACCUGCCCGAACAAGAGAUUGAAGAGUCGGUGAACGCGAGGCCCCUGGAGAGUUUCGGUCCCACCGCCACCUUACCUCUUGGUACUAUCGUUCACGCCCGGUCCGGCGACAAGGGCUCCGACGCCAACGUCGGCUUCUUUGUUCGGAGUGGCGCCCACGACGACGAGUACGAGUGGCUGAGGUCGCUAUUAUCUGUAAAGCACCUCAAGACCUUGCUGCAAAACAGCUACAGCGGCACCAACCGCAUCGAGCGGUUCGAGUUGCCGCAUAUCAAGUCCGUCCACUUUCUCCUCAAGGACCAUUUAGACCGGGGCGUCGCGGCCAGCUCGAACUACGACGCGCUGGGCAAGAACUUGGCCGAGUACCUGCGGGCCAAGCACGUGCAGAUACCCAUCACCUUCUUGGCCCAUGGCAAGAGAAUAUAA